AUGUCUGAAGACAGAAGAACCAAAGUAGAUCAUUCAGAGCAAACUUCUGUUGAUUCUCCCAACAAACUUGAGAAAUCAAAGCAGCAACCUGGGGUCCUUGACGAAGAGGCUUCCGAAACAGAAGGACAAACCAAGGUCUCCGAAACUGAUGAGGGCGGCACUUAUACACGCGAUGAUGAUGGAAGCUUAAAAGGGAAGGUCUAUUCCCAUAAUGAUAGUGAUGCUGCUCCGCAAGUAAAGCGAUUGAAGAACAAUGACAGUGAUGGGGACGAUGAGGAUGAGGAAGAAGAAGAUGACGAGGAAGAGGAUCUGCCACAGAAAAAGAAAAGGAGAAGAGCAAACCAGUUCCUUGAUAUUGAGGCUGAGGUGGAUGACGAAGAAGAGGACGAACUCGAUGAAGAUGAUGAAGAAGCAGAGCUUUUACGCGAGCAGUUUAUUUCGGACGACCAUGUGGAGAAGCAUGAUGGCGAACCCACUCGCCCCGAUGAUGACAGGCUUCAUAGGCAGUACGAUCAACGUCGCCAACAGGCAGAGGAUCAGGAUGCAGAGGAACUUGCGGAGACAUUGAAACAGCGUUAUCGUAAGUCCCACACCGCGUAUCGUGGAGACACUACCGCCAGUGGCACUGUAUCGCAGAAGCUCUUGAUGCCUUCCAUCAACGACCCCGCCAUUUUUGCUAUCCGCUGCUCACCCGGUCGCGAAAAGGAUUUAGUCAGGAAACUUUACGAGAAGAAACGGACUUUGGCUCGUUCCGGUCGCCCUCUUGAUAUACUAUCAGUUUUCCAGAGAGAUGCCUUCAAAGGUUAUAUCUAUAUUGAAGCUAAGAAACCAGAGGCAAUUGAGCGUGCAUUGUCUGGCAUGGUAAACAUCUACGCAAAGCAAAGAAUUAUUGUCCCAGUGAGUGAAUAUCCCGACUUACUCAAACAAGUCAAGUCUUCAGAUGUUGAGAUUCUCCCGGGUAUCUAUGUGCGUAUCUCUCGUGGUAAAUAUAAGGGAGAUUUGGCAAUUGUUGAUAACUUAUCUGAAAAUGGUCUUGAAGUCAGGUGUAAAUUAGUCCCACGACUUGACUAUGGAAAAAAUGACGAAUUUGAUGCGGAAGGAAGAAGGGUGAAGCUGAAAAACCGCCCCGUACCUCGUCUUUUUAAUGAGCAGGAAGCUCGCAUGUAUGAUGCUGAACAUUUGCAACCAGGUCGGGGGCCAAGAAGCUUCAUAUAUCGCGGCGAGGAAUAUGUUGAAGGCUUCUUAAUGAAAGACUUUAAGCUACAAUUUAUCCAAACCAAGGAUGUUCAACCUAAGUUGGAAGACUUAGACAGAUUUCAGACUGGCCAAACUGAAGAAGAUGGACUCGACUUGGCAGCAGUGGCGGCUUCUCUUAAAGGGAAGUCACAGGAUAAUGAUCCAUCAAAUGCCUUCCAACCGGGCGACAAAGUCGAAGUAAGAAGAGGAGAGCAAGCUAAGACUGUUGGAAAAGUAUUGAACGUGUCGCUUAACGAAGUUCUGAUCUUGGUUCUUGACAGUGGUGAUGGUCAAUUUGUAAAUCAGGAGUUGACGGUCCCGGCUACAGACCUCCGGAAGGUCUUCAGCUCGGGUGACCACGUUAAAGUGAUUGAUGGUGUUCAUUCUGAUGAAAGUGGUCUCGUCAUAAAAAUUGAUGGCGACUCAGUUGUGUUCUUAAGUGAUCAAACCAAACAGGAUGUUCGGGUAUUCGCAAACUAUUUAAUCAAGGCGACAGAUACAUCCUCGAGUGCAGAUCCUUCCGGUAGCAGGUACGAUAUCAAAGAUCUCGUUCAACUAAAUGCUUCCUCGGUGGGCGUGAUCGUGAAGGCUGAAAAGGGUUUGCUUGGUAUCUUGACCGCAGAUGCCCGCUACAUUACAGUUAAGCCCAGCGGAGUCGCCUCAAAAUUGUCAAUGACCCGUCGUGAACAAGUCGCGACGGACAAAAAUGGCCUUACUAUAAAAGUUGGUGAUACUGUUAAAGAGUUCGGUGGUGACAAGAAGAAAGAAGGUGUUAUUCUACACAUUUACAAGAAUGCAGUUUUUGUGGAGUCCCAUGAAUUACAAGAAAACUUGGGCAUUUUUGUAACCAAUGCCUUGAAUGUUAGCACAGUCUCCACGAAGAACUCAAUGAUAUCUAGGACUCUCGGGCCUGACUUGAGCAGUAUGAAUCCGAAUGUCAAGUUACAAGCGCCUUCCAUUGCUCCUGGACUUAAAGGAAGAAUUGGAGGGAGGGAUAAGUUGCUUCAUAAGGAUGUUAUUAUCAACAACGGUAAUCAUAAAGGUUUAAUGGGUAAAGUUGUUGAAACUGACGACGUUGAUGCCCGUAUUGAAUUGCAUACCAAAGCAAAGAAAAUCAAGGUGAACAAAACAAAAUUGAGUGUUAUUGUUCGUGGUGAAUCCAUCCCAUACCUUAGAUUCAUCGGUGCCUCAGAUAGCGGUCGCGGCCCUACCCAGUCCUCGGGACCGGCAUUUUCCUCCGGGGCGAAAACAGCUUGGGGCGGAAGCACACCUUCAGUUGGGGGCGGUACCUCAACAUGGGGCGGCAAGACACCAUCCGUCAACGCCGGAGGUGUAUCUGCCUGGGGUAGUGCUGCUGGAGGAGCUUCCGCCUGGGGAGGAGGAGGAGCUGGAGGAGCAUCCACUUGGAAAGGCGGCAAAGGUGCUGCUUCCACAUGGGGAAAUAGUGCCUCAGGCGGAAGCUCCGCCUGGGGUGGUGGUGGGUCUUCGAGUUGGGGUUCAGGCGGUAAUACUUCUGCUUGGGGUAACCAAAACGGACUGACCUCCACCUGGGGCCAACAAAACAAAGGAAAUUCCUCUACGUGGGGCUCCAAAGGUGGAAGCUCGACGUGGGGCAAUAAUGGCCCUGGUGGCGGUGCUUCGGCUUGGGGCAAUCGUGGCAACUCUUCCUCUUGGGGCCAGAAGGAUGGUAACAGCUCUGCCUGGGGCUCAGGGCGCACUGGGAGCUCAUCUACAUGGGGAAGCUCCAACAAUAAUCAGAAUACAGGGUGGGGUAACAGUUAA